AUGUUCACCCCGACCUUGCUCAUCUCCACCCUCACCCUCCUCGGCUCGACCUGGGCAGCGCCCAAAUCUCACGCGGAUCACGAUCACGUGUCCUACUCGCAAGGCGGGUUGGGCAAGAGGUGGUACCAGGAUUCGGACAGCGAGACGGCCAAAUUGUUCAGGAGGGCACCUGCGAACGCCGGGACGCCUGAAUGGCAAGCCCAGUACCCGGCUCCCGGCACGACCCCUCCGACUUCCUCCCUCCCUCAAGCAUGGCUCGACCGUCUCGCCGCCGUCACCGCUUCUCCCGAUUUCCCCAAGUUUGGCCCCACGCAGCCCAACAACGGGUACCCGACUUAUGCCAACGGGUUGAAGGGCACCGAUCCCGAAGUGUGUUCGUUCACCUACGAGUGUAUCAGCGAGGAGGAUCUGACCGAUGCGCCUCAGGGGGUCGUCGGGCUCAACUUUGAUGACGGCCCUACGCCAUUCAGUCCCGAUCUUUACGAUUACAUCGAGAAGAACAACAUCAGUGCCACUCACUUCAUGAUCGGAGGAAACAUCUACUACAACUGGCAGACUUUCCAGAGGGCCGUCAACGAUGGUGGUCAUAUCGCUUCCCACACCUGGUCUCACCCUUACAUGACCACCCUCACCAACGAACAAGUCGUCGCCGAGCUCGGAUGGACCUCCCAGAUCAUUGCCGACCUCAACGACGGCCGAGUCCCCGCCUACUGGAGGCCUCCCUUCGGAGACACCGACAACCGAGUCAGGAUGAUCGCUCAGCAGGUAUUCGGACUCAAGACGGUCCCCUGGCAGAUCGGGAGGGACAGCGCGGAUUGGUCCAUCUCGGAUACCGCCCCUUCGCAGAACACUAGGGAGUCGGUCAUCAGUACCAUGACGGGGUGGUUGACCGACCCUGCCAAGAAGGGUUACAUCGACGUGAACGAGGCCAGUAAAGCCGAUUUGGACGUCUUCUUCGCUGUCUACCCCGUCAUGAUCCAAAACAACUGGACCGUCAAGAACGUCGCUGAUGCUAACGACUUGUGGGAGUAUGUCAACGCCGAGGACAACGAGUCGCCCCUCGCCGGACCCACCGGGAUCGUGCAGAGCGGCUCGCCAGGAAACCUCAGCACCUAUGAGCCCAUGGCGUCUGGUACUGCCUCGGGUACCGCCUCGCAAUCUACCGGAGCCAGCUCGACCGGCUCGUCCAACUCGACCACCAUGAGCUCAUCCGCCGCUUUGUCCAGCUCUGCCGCCUCGUCGAUGGCCGCUUCGGGAUCGUCCAACUCGGCGGCGAGCGCGACCCGAUCGGCCUCGCAAAGCCCGACGACCAGCACUGCUACCCAGAACAACGCUACCAACGGAGGAUCCACCGUCUCGCCUACGAUGGCUACCGGGUUGAUCUCGGUCGUUGCGUUGGCCUUUGGCCUGCUUUACUGAGUGUCAUAAUCGGUCGGACUCUCAAAGCAUAUAGUUGUUAGUGAUAAUUCGCACGUCAGGGACAUUUUCUUUCUAGAUGUUUUGAACACACAUGUGGUCUGGUUGUCAUUGCAGCCAUUCGGUCUCAGCAUACAUACAAUUCGGGCUCGCAACGUUCGUCGCAUGGUCGACAUGAUUGGCGUCUAGACAGGUACCAUCGGAGAUUAUGAUCUCGAUUCGUGGUCUAGAGACACCGACGGCAGUUUUCUUGUGACCAAGACCCAAAGGUCUCUGUUUCAACCAUUAUCGCAUCCUGAAGGACUCC